AUGGCGUCCGACAACUCGAGCCAGUCAUCUCGACCACCAAUGACGGUCCUCGAGCUGAUCGCCUUUGUCAAGAAAGAGCUCGACACCGAUGAGGAGCGUCAGGCGAAGAUCGCGCUCGCCGGAGAUGGUGGCAGCGGCGUGGUGCCAGAGAAGGCACACUCAGGCCACACUCUGGACUUGAGCCACAAGAACAUUGAGGCGCUGCCGGUUGCGGUGGUGGCAUUGAUCAAAGAGCGCGUGGAGAGACUUGCACUAUCACACAAUCCACGCAUUCAAAUACCACUGGAGAUUGCUCAGUGUGACAAGCUACGCUACCUCAACCUACGAUGGAACAAAUUGAGGAAGUUCCCAGACGCGGUACUGUCCCUGUCGAGACUGGAAAUACUCGACAUCAGCAAGAAUGCUAUCGAUGGCAUCCCAGAGGGCAUCCGAAACAUGACGAACCUCAAGUUCCUGGCCGUGGCUCGCAAUCAAAUCCGCCGUCUGCCUCUUGCCCUCGGCGACAUGAACCUGGUCAAACUCAAAUUCGACGAGAAUCCUAUCGAGUUCCCACCAGCUGAGGCACUCAAAGCGUCGGUGGACCGCACAGCCAAUAUGAUCGACUCCGAAAAGGACAAGGACAUGUGCCAGCAUGUGAAGAAGUACAUGAAAGUCUGUGCAAUGCAAGAGAGUUUGCGCUCGCACUCCUCUCAGGAGAGCAUGAGCGAGAGCCAGGAGACUACUCCACGACCUGCCAGACGCGGUGUCACCGGUGGUCGCUUCCCAGUACGACCGAGCAUUUCCAGCAUCGAUGGUUUCAACCCCAAUACCUCCUCGGACUCCCCGCCCAAUGCACCACCACCGAUCCCCCAGAGAUCAACCGAGAGAUGGCAUGGCCAUGGCGUGUCUUCAAACGAUAGGUAUCCGUCAUCUAUGAAGCGCCCACACGUCGCACCCCUGUAUACUGGUGGUCUUGAGGCAAGCCGGAGCAGGAGCGAGACUGUCGCCUCCUCCACAGACUCCAUCCGCAAGACCCGCGGCUACGGUUAUGUCCCAGGGAGGAAGAUCAGCCAGCAAGAGAUGAGAAAUCAGCUCUCUGCUCGUUCAAAUCCAACGCCUGCACUGACACCUCCACAUUCACGCGCCCCAAGCGUGACCUCAAGCUACAACAACUACUUGGCGGUCGGCAGUGGCAAUGAAUCGUCAUCUGGCGCGGUAAGCCCGAUUGACGGCUCAUCCAUGCGUGCCAAACUAUCUCGCAAGCUGGCGAGUCUACCGGAGAGUCGCAACUCACGUCUGCCAACCAUCACCGCCAUCAGAGCUGUAAAGCGCGUAUUCUAUAUGCUUGCUCAUCUUUAUGGUCCAGUGGCAGACAUCGCCCAGCAGCUCGGAGGCAACUCUUCAAGAAAACGCACACGCUUGCAAUUGCAGGUCGUCAAAGCGCAUGUUCAAAGCACUGAGCUUGAUCGUAUGCUGAAUAAGGCUAGCGUCACUGUCGAGGACAAUCCGGAGAUCGACGCGACACUUCUGGCAAACAUCAUACGCGCUGCGAUCAAGUCUCUUCGAGAGCACGGUCUUGUUAUCAACGAGCUGCGUCGCAUCCAUGCGCAGGACCUCAAGCAGAUCGAUGCAAUUCACGUACGCUGUGUCAUCACAACAGCCUAUAUGCUCAUCAUUGAGGCGCGCAACAUCUGUCUCAUGCUAGGCUUCAAGAUCAAGCCCAAGGCCCAGCGCGACACGAUUCGCGCUUCUCAAGCUUGGAGCAGUCGAACGGUGACUCCAACGCAACCGACGUCCGCAACCAGUAAUCGUCGUCGCGGCAAUACCAUCCUCCCGAGCUCAAGCCAUGUUGCCAACGUUCGAGGCAUCGCACCUCCGGUGCCUCUUCACACUGGUAGCAGGACCAACACCAUGACAUCGAUCAGCGCUGCAGCCACACCACGCUACAACAACUAUGACCAUGUGCAGCCACAGAGUGCAUAUCCUUCCCGCAGCAACACGAUCCGCAGCAACAUGACUGAUGUGGAGACCGAAGAGACACCAGAAAGGGUAUACUCCAAGCUCAAGGCUUGUUGCAACCUUGCAAGCCAGGUCCUGCCUACAGUACGCAACGAUCUCCUGCAGCGCAAGAUUCUGGCCGACAAUUCGGGUCAGAUGCACAACUCUCGCCAGUAUCUCGGAGCUUUGAAGAGAUGCGAGGCCAUCGGCCUUCUCAAUGAGAAGCUUCUCAGUCGGCUGAGUAAUAUGAGGAUCGUCGACGCUGCGCGUCAUCAAAAGGAGUUCUCGCACAUGAUUGAAGGCUUUGGAAAUGAAUGGGCGAACUUCGGUAGCGAAGUUGCCAACCUUGCAUCACAGCGGAUUGAUCUAGGCAACAUUCGGCAUGUCCUUCGACCUCUCCAGCACGCGGUCAAGGAUGCCAAUCGGGCGACACAGCACGUUACUCGCACGAUCAAGCCGCCACCACACCCUGGCCUCCCGCAUCAGCUGAAUACCGCGUUGGCACAGCACGCAGGGCAGGUUCCGCCCAUGCCAGCUACUCCAUUGGCUGUAGCACUUGGUCCUGCUGCUCAGGCUACAGUGCCGCCGACUCCGACAACAUCUUUUCACUCGCCGGAACACUAUUUGCAGGAUCCCAUGCGGCGUCCACGGUUGGCCGAGAGAAGUGCAACCACAUUGCCACUUCCCAGCUACCCGCGGAUAUGA